CCGAGCUCUCACAUGUUGUUGUGUUCAUACACCGGCUGCCAAGCACAGUUACAACAUUUUGUACUGUUUUAGCUAGUUUUUGUGGUCUGAUUAGACUCUUGAGCCAAAAACUAAGAAGAUGAAAGUGGUCGCGUUGAUAAGUGGGGGCAAAGACAGCUGCUACAACAUGAUGCAGUGUGUUGCUGCUGGGCACCGGAUCGUAGCUCUGGCCAACCUGCGUCCUGCUCACACAGAUGAGUUGGAUAGUUAUAUGUACCAGACGGUGGGCCACCAGGCCAUAGAGCUUUAUGCUGAAGCCAUGGAUCUACCUUUAUACAGACGGACUAUCCAGGGCUCCAGCCUGGACACCAGCAGAAACUACAGUGAGACAAAGGGGGAUGAGGUAGAGGACCUUUAUGAGCUGCUGCACCUUGUCAAGGAAAAGGAGGGUGUCGAGGCAGUGUCUGUAGGGGCCAUUCUCUCCGAUUACCAGAGGGUCCGUGUGGAAAAUGUAUGUUUGCGGCUAGGUUUGCAGCCCCUGGCCUACCUGUGGCGUCGAGACCAAGAGUCCCUGCUUACCGAGAUGAUAUCAUCUGACCUCCACGCUAUCCUCAUCAAAGUCGCCGCCUUUGGCCUGGAUCCAGAGAAGCACUUAGGAAAACCUCUGGCUGACAUGGAGCCCUAUCUGAAACAGCUCUCCCAAAAAUAUGGAGUCCAUAUCUGUGGAGAAGGAGGGGAAUAUGAAACCUUCACCCUUGACUGUCCUCUCUUCAAAAAGAAGAUUGUUAUUGAUGCGGCAGAGACGGUGAUCCACUCAGCAGAUGCCUUUGCUCCAGUUGGCUACUUGCGCUUCACCAAGAUGCACACCGAGAACAAAGAGAACGAUGUGGUGGCGAGAGCUUUGCCCCAUGGUAGUUGUCCUUGCCAGAGCGCCAUUGACAAGAUGACUGAGGAGGUGGAAUAUGCUGAUCAAGCUGAAGACAACCAGCAAGAAUUUACAUCAAAUUGUGACCUUAGUUGUCAGCAAGGCCACGAUUUCCCUCCAUCCUGCUCACGUAGAAGCUCCAGAGGCUAUCAGUGGAUCUCAGGCAUCAACGGCCUUCAGAGCCAAGACCCUGGGAUCCAGGGCCAGACUGCAGCAGCGUUCCUACAGCUGCAAAGUGAGUUGGACAGCAGAGGCUGGAAGAUUAAGGACAUUAUCCUGGUUCACCUGUAUGUGAGCAGCAUGGAAGACUUUGGUCCACUCAACACAGUUUAUAAGAAACACUUUGGCAUAAACCCUCCAGCCAGAGUGUGUGUUCAGGCUUCUCUGCCUGCUGGUCAGCUGCUGCAGAUGGACUGUCUGCUCCAUGACUGGACCGAGCCCCUGCAGGAAGACUGCUUCCACCAGAAAGAGGCCCUGCAUGUCCAGGGUCUGUCCCACUGGGCCCCAGCCAACAUUGGACCCUACAGCCAGGCCAUCAGGGUAGAUGAUUCGGUUUUCUGUGCUGGCCAAAUUGCUUUGGUCCCAUGUACUAUGCAGCUGGUGAAGGCAGGCUCCAGGACGCAGGCCCAGUUGUCCUUUAGCCAUGUGAAGAAGGUUCUGGAGGCUGUGAUCAGCAGCUUGACUCUGGCCCAUGUCGUCCAGGCUCACUGCUAUACCACAAGACAUCAAGACAUCCCCAUCAUCAGAGCUGUCUGGGAGAGCAUGCUGAAGGCCACAGAGGAAGAUAAGGACUUGUUGUGGGAGCCUGAGAUCAAACCUAUUCCAUUACUGGUCGUUGUGGUACCUGCCUUACCCAAGGGUGCAGCUGUUGAGCUUCAUGUAACUGCAAUUCAGGAUGAUUUCACCAAGAGAACUUCCUGUCACAUGACUACAAAGGCGGCAUGCGGAUCCAUAGAGUGCCACACUGUAAUGUCUGCUGACAGCUGUAACGCUUCACUUUCCCUUUCCCUGGCUGUGCCUGGUGAUAACCUGGAGAUUACCGACGUAAAGGAUGUAACAGAAGCAGUUGCUGUUACAUUCAAGAAUGCCGUGAAGAAGAUGGAUGCUGAGCUGGUGCCACUGUGUGCCCGUGUGUUUUACAAGUGUGGCCACUCAGUGGCACAGCAGAUUAUUAAAGGACUUGAAGGAAGUUUAAGAAGCUCUCUAGAAGAGUCCAGUCCGUCCGUGGCCCUGGUUCCAGUCCUGGACUUGCCUGGCUCCCAGAUCCUCCACCUGUCCUGCUGGCUCAGUUUAUAGAAACACAGCUAGAGUCAACAACCAAACUCCAGUCAGCCACAGCCCUAGAAUUCAGUGGUGCUUUUCUGGAGGAACAACUCUGACAGCCCAACAUCUUACAAGAAGAUAUCAGUGAAUGUGGAAAAGAAAAAUUGCAUAACUGCUCAUUAAUGUUGAACCACUGCUUAUUGUUGAAAUGCAAAGCUGUGUCUGUCUCCAAGUGGUUUCGAUGUUGUCCAAUUUUCAGGAUGUGUUUAUUCCACUUCACACCCCAGGACUUAGGCCUAUAAUCCACUGUGUCCUCCGCUGGAGUUGUAGACUGCAGCAGCUGUUACUCUGCUUUGGAGGGGAGUCUUAUGGAACUUCUAUAACCUAAGGCUGCAUACCAGAAGACUAGAGACCGUAGUCUACAAAAGGAGACAGUGGCAGUGUCUCAUUCCAUGAGGUGAUAAACUGUAUCCCCUGAAUCCUACUGUUUCUGGUGGAAUUUCUCUUAGCACGCUAGCUAACACCCCUCGUAAAGGCCUCGCGCCACCGCUGACACCAUCUGUUCAGUUGUAAACCUAUAGAUUUACUGUGUGACUGGUUUGUGGCUGUGUGUAAUGUGUGCGGAUGAGGUGACUGUGUUUCCCCCUCUCAUGGUCCAUGGGAUUCAAGGUGUGUUAUUAUUGUGUAAUAGGCAAUCAGCACCAAGCACCUGAAAAGAUUAAGCCUCUUUAUGUUUUCUAUUGAUUCUAAGGCAGCCUGGUUAAUAGGAGAGGGACGCGACCACACACAGCUGCAGGGCAGGUGUGUGUGUUUCUGUGCGUGUGUGUGUUGGGGGGGGGGUGUUAGGGUGACGAUGUGGGAAGAAAAUAACACUAUUAACCAUUGCUCCUGGAACAUUUCUUUUCUCAAAGAUCAUGAACUGUAUUGAUGGUCUGAGUUUGAAUGCAUCUUCACUCCGGCUAUUCUCUUCAUCACGCUUGUGAUGGUGGGAGGGAGGAGUGGGCUAUUGAUCUUCACCCACCGCAGUGUUGUUUUGAUUGUUGUUAUCAAAAAUUGAACAAUAGAGGCAGCCAGUAGAGCCUGAAGUUUUUUAUUGAGGGUUGAAAAACACAAACAAGCAAUUAUUUAUGAGAGCGAGCAAACCAAUGCCCCCUAAAAUAUACAGUGUGUGUUAAUGCUCACCUGUUUGGAUUUAAAAGGCCCCACCAGGGGGAGAUUCAGAGUUUUUGAAUGAUGCAGCUGUCAAAUCAGCACUAAGAUGUAAGUAUUUUUUGAUAACAUACUUUCAUUAUGAAUUUCAAUGUCUCAAUCAAGUAAACACCAAUAAAUGUCAUUCACAAAUAUUUGUUUACAUU